UAUGUUGCGGUACUUUUCCCACGCACGCUCGGGAUGGAAGACUCGACAAUAACAUUGCAGGGGAAGGUAACAGUGAGGUUAGACAAGCAGGAGGAAAAGCUUUUCGCCAAGGGAUCAGGUACGGUUGCAGUCUUGCGACGCAGUGAAAGUGUCCGUGAGCACAGCGCACUGAGCUCUGAGCAGGACAGCAUGACCUGGAUUUGGAAUGGGCAUGGGCAGCCUGGAUAAUGCAUGGGCUUCUGCUUCUCCAGGUCCCUGAGUUGGAUCCGCGCAUCCCUUGCAUUACGAUUUACCGGGACCUGGCGCGCUGUUCCGCGGCGAGAUACAAGUCCUCCUUUGGAACUUUCCGACUUCUGCAACUGCAGAUCAUUGAUUUGGGUAAGGAGUUGAGCUCGUCGUGGUUUGACUGGAGUCCCUGGUUGGAUAAAGACGGUUGGGUUUUCAAUCGGUGUAUUUGCUCUCCUGGAGUACCCGUUUUUAUGACACCUGGGAUUGCCAAUUUGUCUGGGGACGAGGCUUACUACUACCCCGUAUAUUCUAUUCUGCUUGCUGGCAUGAAGUAUUGGUUACAUGAAGCAAAACUCUCGAGUUACCUUUCGGGGAACACGGCCGGGGAAGAUGGAAUGUCUCGCCCUGAGUCGCAACGGGCAAAUGAAGAAGUGCUGGUUCCUGACCUGGAUCCCGGGAACUUACUCCACUGGAGCUCGAAGCUUUGUUCAAUUUCAAGUCACGUUGAGGGAUCCGAUGCUGGGAUGUUCUCGUCCUGCGCGCAUCCCUUUGUUCACCACGGGGAUGGGAAUGACGACGAUCCUCGAUAUUGAUAUCCGUGCGCGACCCAAUCUGCAGAGUUAUGCGAAAAGGAAUCCAGAAAGGGGGAUGUCCUCAGGAGCCUCUAUAAGGCUGGCUUCCAGAGCU